GUGUAUACAUUUGUAUGAUCAAAAAUCGACGUCAUUUUUCGCGAUAUUGUCGAUAUUCAAAAAAAGCAUGUAUAAAUAGUGUAUGUACCAAGAAUUACGCAUUUCUUCACUCAAAACCAUGAAAACUAUUGAAGAUGAAUUGCGAAAGGAGAUUGAGAAACUCACCAAGGAAAAAAAACUUUUAGAAAUUCGUCUCGAACGAGAAAGCGUUGCAAAUAUAACAAAAGUAAUAUUAACAAAAGCGGGCAAAAGUGCACUUGUAAGCUAACACGACUUUUUUUGUUUUAAUAUUAAGCAAACGAUUGUGGAUAGAAAGAUUACCGGAAAGAAAAGACGUUCUUCUAGAUUAAUGGAACCAAGCAAAACUAAAAUUUUUAAAUUAAGUGCAAAAGAUAGUAUAACGUAUUCUGGCUUAAAAGGAACGUUAGGCGCAAAUCUUUUGCGCUUGGGUAUGGAAAUUGUAGUCAAAGCUAAAGAUAAAAAAUCAAAGUACUUUGCAGAUUUGAGCAAAAACUCUAUAAUUGAUUUAUCAAAUUCAAGCAACAACUCCCAAAUUUCACUGCUUGGUGGAAAACAUAUUCAAAGCUUUUUAUUAGCUAAAUACGGGAAUGAUGAUAUAAAAGAAAUUGAAAACAUAAAUAUUGACUCUUUGGAAAAUUCAUUCAAAAAGAUCAAGAACAGUCGAGUAGCCAAGACUAUCUUUGCAAAUGUAGAAAAUUUCUCACCUAACAAUGAAACUGAAAGAGCUGUAAAAAAUAUAUAUAGAUAUAUCUUAGAGCAACACCUAUUUAAACGUCAUUUAUUAACCGACGAAUAUCUUGAUGAAUGUUCUGAACAGUCAUUGGUGAUAAAAUAUUGGGCUUAUUUAUUUGAAUCUUUUUUCAGUAAAAACAAAGACGUCUCCUUGCAAUGGGGCGACACAGUAUCAAAUGCAUGUUCAAGGUCAAAUCUAAAACUAAAACUUGAUAUACGAUUCAUUGUUGAACUCGAUAAAAGCAAGUUGGAUGCCACCAGUGGUGAAUUUGCUAAAAGAAAGGCGACAAACAAGAAAAAGCAUUAUUCGGAUAAACUAAAGGCAGUUCUGGCCUCCAAGUGUCAUCUUAAUCACCUUCUCUCAACCUUAACUUACCUUCCUUUGCACAAAAUCAAAUCAGUUCACAUACCAAUAAUUCAAGUUAUGGGUCUAAAUUGCCACAUAUAUUCUUUAUCACUUGUAGACAAGAAUGUUUAUGUACUUCAAGACAUAUACUCCAUUACUUAUCCCAAAACAUUCAAUGAAAUAAAAGCUGGUGCUUUAAAAAAAAUCAUUGAUGGAAUGUCACUUAUUAUGAAUAUGAUGGAUAACAUUAAAGAUAUUUAUGACAAUUUUUCACGCAAUGCAAAUGAUGAAAUAACUACAAUUGUUACAGAAAAGACAGCACGCAGAAAAUUAUUGGAGAUGAAAGAAUGGGUUUCCCCCGUCAUUUAUACGGAGGAUGAAGCAGAAGAGGAGGAAGAGGAGGAAGAGGAGGAAGAGGAGGAAGAGAAGGAAGAGGAGGGCGAUGAAGAGAGCGAUAGUAGUAAUGAAGAUGGCAAUAGCACAGUAGAACAAGCUAACGUCCCUUAAAUAUGAAUUGUUUAAAUUAAAAAAUAUCAGUGUUUCUGUGGAUAAUUAGUUUUAAACAUUGUAAGAUUAAAUUUUCUGUUUGCAAGAGCAUCCCUAAUUGUAUAAAAUAUUAUCUAUUAAGUAAGACAAUAAAGGUACCCAUCACCCAUCAAAUAUAUCAAAAUGUUGCCGAAGCGAAGGCUGAAAACGUGAUAAAUGUCCACCCUACAUCUUGGUUUUCCAAUCUUCGAAACUUGUUUUAGUUAGAUACACCACCCCUAAAAAAACUGAAUAUUAUUACUAUUAGCUACUUUGAAAGAUAAAAGGGAAAAGGGUGUUUGGAAGUUUAUUAUCAUUAUGUUUACCACAUUUUCAGCAGCAUUUUGAUUUUUAAAAUGC